AUGUCGGACGACGAGAAGACCAACACCCUCACCUACCAGGAUGUUGCCGAGCACAACACCAAGAACGACUGCUACCUUGUCAUAUACGACAAGGUCUAUGACUGCGCAAAGUUCAUUGAUGAGCACCCUGGUGGUGAGGAAGUGAUUCUCGACGUCGGUGGUCAAGACGCCACCGAGGCUUUCGAGGAUGUCGGCCACAGUGAUGAGGCCCGCGAGGCUCUGGACAAGCUAUACGUUUGCGACCUGAAGCGCCAGGAGGGUGACCCUGCCCCCAAGUUCGGCCCCCCCGCUGGAAGCGGCGCGUCAGGCAACAGCUCGGAUGGUACCGGCCUGGGCACAGCCCUGUACGGUAUCGUCGCCGUCGGCGGUCUCCUCGCCUACCUUGGAUACAACUACUUGCAGGCCCAGCAGCAGCAGCAGCAGCAGCAGGUCUCGUAA